AUGAGUCGUUUAUUGUUGCUCUGCUAACCGCCAGAAGACGCAGAAGCGCCUGCGCACUACUUUGGGACGGCGACUCCCACCCGCUUCCACAGAUAAACAUAAGUUGUCCUCCGGUUACCGGGAGUUUUGCGGCGAGGCUCGUGAUUUUCCGUGAUUCGGAUGUAAAAAUGAGGCAGAGUAGAUUGGUAUCCUGUGACCGUUAACGACUUUACUUCUUCCAAAAUCGAGUUUUACUCACCAGCCGACAGUUAGCUGGAAGCUAACCUUAGAAUCAGCCGGAGCUGCUUGGGAGGUGAAAAAGAUGCCCAAGGUCUCAGACGUGAGAGUGAGCGGAGAUGGCAGGAGAGACUCUGUGCUGACUCGGGAAGACUGUCUCUGUCCUGUCUGUCUGGAGAUCUUUAUCGAACCUGUUACGCUGCCCUGCACACACACAUUCUGCAAGAGUUGUUUCCUGGAGUCUGUGGACAAGUCUACUCUGUGCUGUCCACUCUGCAGAAAGCGGGUCUCCAACUGGGUACGACUGAACAGUAAGAACAACACGCUAGUGGACCAGAAACUGUGGAACCGGAUCCAGACCUGCUUUCCUCUGCAGUGUCAGCGCCGUCUAAGUGGCCAGGACACAGAGGAGGACUACCUGGGCCUGGUGGGGGUUCCAAGAGUCAGCCUCCCUGGAGAGCUGCGGCAGGAGUAUGAAGACCAGGUGACCAAACUGAUGGAGGAGCGAAGGGCGCAGGAUGAAGAGGAGAGGAGGGCCAGCGAGGAGCUGAUCCAGAUGAUGCUGGCUGAGGAAGAGGAGCAGCUGGAGGAGGAGAGGAAGAGGAAGGAUGAUGAUGAGCAGCUGGCCAGACUGCUCAGCUCCCAGCUGAACUCGCAAGAAAAGCUUUGUGUUCCUGUAGUCACUCCGCCCAAGAAGGAGGUGCGUGUGGGAAACAUGGACAGGUUCCUGUGUCCUCGUGUGACUCAGCCAAGCUCAGCCUCCAGUUUUCUCUCCAACAAGGAGAACAUCGUCUUCCUGGAGGCACAGCUUCAUGUGGAGCGGCCCCUCCCACAGACAGACGGCAGUCAGCUGAUCAGACCGGCAUCAGCGAAGCGGAAGAGCUCUGAAAUGGAGACCGCUGAAGAAGAGGUGACCAUCAAACGAGUUCCAGUGUUGUCCUCUUCCCCUGUGGAAGCGGAGCUUUCAGCUGAGUGGGAGGCGAGGCAGAAACAGGAGGAAGAGGAUCGCCGAAUGGCUCUGCUCCUUCAGAAGGAGUUGGAUGAGGAGGCAAAUCGAAGGGCCACCGACAGACGCAAAGGAUCCUCUGACGCCUACUUGCUCCGCCACAAGGGAGGAGAGACCGGGGAGGCCAGAGCGUCUAACGCACCUGAAAGAGGCUCCUUCCAGAGCCCCAGAACCACCAGUCGAUCCUGCUCCUCCUCAUGCUCCUCACGUCGUUCUACUCCUCUGAAGGGUCGGAAAACUUUGCCUUCAUCCUCAUCAUCUUCAUUGUCCUCCAGGGGAGGCAGGAAACAGAUGACUCUGACGAGUAUUUUUGGGUCCUCCCCCUCCUCCUCCUCAACUGCACAGACAAACAGUUGGGAGUAAAACUGAUCUUCAGGGGGCCUUAGAGGAGUUUAUGUGGAAAAAGACUAUUUUAUGUUCGGUUUAAUUUCCGUUUGUUCUAGUGCUGCUGUCCGAUUUGGGGCGGGGCUUAUCACUUGUUUCUGUCCCGAUCAAACUGCCUUCAGAAUAAGAGCAUCUCAGGAAGAUUUGGUGGAGCUGUGCCUCUCAGCAGCGUUGUCAUGGUGACAGAAGAGUCUUCCACUCUUGAGGAGGCCACUGUACAGGUCGUGAUCUAAAUCACAGCCGGAUGUGUAGAUGUUGACUCAAAAUAAAGUUUCAAACACAGA